GCAGCAGCAGCAGCAGCAGAAGAAGAAGAAGAAGAAGAAGAAGAAGAAGAAGAAAAAAAAAAAAAAAAAAAAAGACGAAGAAGAAGAAGCAGCUGUUUCGCGGUUCAUCGUUAAGUUUACAGUCACGGAGGCUUUUAUCAGGUCUGGACCUGCCGCCUGCUGAUCCACAGACCAGUUUAGCUCCAGAGCUAACUAUCUACACGACUUGGUUCGGUUCGGUUCGAUUCGGUUCGGUUCGGUUCAGACAGCAGCUGAACCAGGACCAUCAGGCUCCGCCACAUCUGUGAUUAUUUUACAGGGCUAACGUCCGCCCAACAAGACUAGUUUAAGUGUCGUAAACUUCAGAAGACUCCCUGUGUUUGUGUGGGUGCAGCAGCAGGAUGGACAUAUCCAGCAGACUGGAGGUUUGGCAACAGCUGGCUGAGAACUGUGGUCUCAUCACGGUCCAGCAGGGUCUCCAGCAGGUCUGGACUCUACUGCUGCUCUGCCUGAUCUGCAGACUCUGCUUUAGACUGGGAGGUGUGUCCACCCUGAAGCAUGUAGUGUCAGUGUUGGCUGGGAUGUACAGCCUCUUCCUGUUCUUUGAGUUGCAGAUGCUGUGGGUGCUGUUGUUCAGUGCUCUCUGUUACCUCGUUCUGCUGCUCACUCAACACUCCAGUACCAGAGGCCUCUUCCUUUCGGCUGUUAUCCUCGUCUACCUCCUUGUUGGAGAGUUGCAUUUAAUUGACAUGGUGACCUGGCAUAAAAUAAGAGGCUCUCAGAUGGUGGUGGCAAUGAAGGCCAUCUCUCUGGCCUUUGACCUGGACAGAGCAGCAGUGGCAGGCCUGCCCUCCCCAGCUGAGUUCCUGGGCUAUGUUCUCUUUGUGGGCACUGUUGUGUUUGGUCCUUGGAUCAGCUUCUCCAGUUAUAAGAACGCCAUUGAAGGCAGAGAACUGAGCUGGAUGUGGCUGUGGAGUUCCUCCAUCAGCCUCCUGAAGAGUCAGCUCUGUCUGCUGGUCUCCACCUGCAUCGCCCCUUACCUCUUCCCUCUGUUCAUCCCCAUCUAUGGAAACACAGUCACAGACAAAUGGCUGCGCGCCUAUGAGAAUGCUGUGUCGUUCCACUUCAGUAACUACUUUGUGGGUCACCUCAGUGAAGGCACCAGCAUGCUGGCUGGAGCCGGCUUCACUGAAGAGAAGGAACACAUCAGAUGGGACCUGAGUGUGGUGAAGCCUCUCAGUGUGGAGAUGCCUCGCUCCAUGGUGCUGGUGGUCACGUCCUGGAACAUCCCCAUGUCCCGAUGGCUCAAAACCUAUGUGUUUAAAAAUGCCAUGAAACUGGGGACUUUUCCAGCCAUCCUGGUGACAUACACAGCCAGCGCCAUACUGCACGGUCUGAGUUUUCACCUCGGGGCUGUUCUGCUGUCUCUGGGAUUCAUCACAUAUGUUGAACAUGUUAUGAGGAAGAGGCUUGCCUCCAUCUUCAGCGCCUGUGUCCUGUCAAGACCCUGUAACUCCGGCUGCAGCCACAAGCACAAGAAGGGGUUUUGGGUGGUGGUGCUGAACCUGGUUUUCAGCUUCCUGGCCGUCUUCCACCUCACCUACCUGGGCUCUAUGUUUGACCCUGGAGUUGAUGAACGGGAAGUAGAAGAGGGUUACGCAGCGAUCCACACCAUCCAAAGGUGGUCUGACCUGAGCUGGGCCAGCCACUGGGUGGUGUUUGGCUGCUGGGUCUUCUACCGUUUAAUUCAGUGACGUGGAGCAGACACAGAGGAGGACUUCAUAGGACUGAUACAGUGGAUCUGAUGGGACUGAAGGACGAGGAUCUGCUCUAGUGCAGAGGACUGAACACACGUGUCCAGAGCUGUGAGUCAGUUCAGGAGGAAAUAUGUAGAGAGACAGUCGUUUACUGAACCAAGCAUCACUCCAAACUGAUGUGUUAAAAUCUGAUCCUGUGAGACCUCCUACUGUACUCAACCUUCACUGAGGCCUGUGGACACAUGUGAGCUUCAAGCUGUCUACUGUAUUAGUCGGUGUCCAAAAACAUUUCAGCAGGUUUAAGUAUAUAUAUUUGUGUGUGUGUGUGUGUGUGUGUGUGUGUGUGUGUGUGUGUGUGUGUGUGUGUGUGUGUGUGUGUGUGUGUGUGUGUGUGUGUGUGUGUGUGUGUGUGUGUGUGUGUGUGUGUGUGUGUGUGUGUGAGAGUGUGUGUGAGAGAGUGUGUGAGUGUGAGAGUGUGUGUGUGUGAGAGAGUGUGUGUGAGUGUGUGAGAGUGUGUGUUUUACCUACCUCCAAUAAACAAUAUUAUUCAAUAACUGAAUAAUCAUUAGAUUCAUUGAUGAUGAUGAUUAUUAUAAUGUAUAUAUGUCAUUAUAAUCUGUUUCCAUAGGGACAUGGGGCGACAGUAGAACACACACAGCACAGAGGUGGUGAUCAAUAAUAAAAACCUGAUGAAAAGCACCUGAAAAUCAGUGACCACAUGAAUGUAUUAGAGCUAACGAAUAUUACUUAUCAAUUAAUCUAUUGACUAUUUUACUGAUGAGUCGAUAAGUCUAAUUGACACUGUUGAAACAGCUCAGACUCUGCUCUAUGUUCAGAUAUUAACUCUGCUGCUGAAGAGACAUACAUGAAGUCAUCUUCACUUUUCUGUCAGUUAUAAAAUAAUAAGAUUCGGACGGGUUGUUAGGAUUAUGUUAAUAUCUUGUUUUUCAUUAGAUUUGGGUUUUUGUAAAGACCAGGAUUAACAAAGUCACUAUCAACUCAACAUAUCUGAACUGUCAGUGUAAUAAAACAUUUAUCUGACAUCAAGAUACAUGCAGUCCUCUGCCCGUCCUCCCUCCUGUCCUCUGACCUUUCUGU